ACGUGGGGUCAAUCCUCACACGUGCCCCUCCCUCAUUCGCCUUCUCUCUUCCAGUGAGCCGUUGAAAAUGACCGGCUGCGUCGACCAUCCCCCCUCUCUCUCUCUCCUGCUUCUUCCUCGAACCCACGUUUGUUUUCAUCCAGAUUCAAUCCCCCACGUGCCCCCCAAUUUUUCUAUAUAACCCUCUUCAUCCUUCUUCACUAGUGUCGAAAACCCAAUACCCUAACCCCUGCAACAAGUGUUAUAACAAGUUUCAUAGCAACCACAAGACAAUUAUUUUGUUUUUUGAAGAUGACCGGAGAUUGUUUGGAGUUACCGCCUGGCUUCCGCUUUCAUCCGACCGAUGAGGAGCUGGUGAUGCAUUACCUGUGUAGGAAGUGUGCCUCUCAGACGAUUUCAGUCCCGAUUAUUGCUGAGAUUGAUUUGUAUAAGUUCGAUCCCUGGCAGCUUCCUGAUAUGGCUCUGUAUGGAGAAAAGGAGUGGUACUUCUUUUCACCUAGGGAUAGGAAGUAUCCGAAUGGAUCUCGGCCGAAUCGAGCGGCUGGGACGGGUUACUGGAAGGCUACUGGGGCGGAUAAGCCCAUUGGUAAACCGAAAGCUGUUGGGAUUAAGAAGGCGUUGGUGUUUUACGCGGGUAAAGCCCCGAGAGGCGUCAAAACAAAUUGGAUAAUGCACGAGUACCGACUCGCUAACGUGGAUCGAUCCGCGGGCAAACGGGCCAAUAAUCUUAGGUUAGAUGACUGGGUGUUAUGUCGAAUUUACAACAAGAAAGGUGUUUUGGAGAAACACUUGAAUUCAGAUAUAAAAUCAUCACAAUUUUCCGAAACAGAAAUGGAUAUAAAACCCGAAAUCACAUCAUAUUCUCCGGUGAACAAAAUAUCAUCAGGACAUGUACAACCAUCAAUGUCGUAUCAUCCUACAAACGAUACGUUUAAUUUCGAACCAUCCGAAUCAGUCCCAACGUUACACACGGAUUCAAGUUCAGAACACGAAAGAGAGAGAGAAAAAGAAGUCCAAAGCGAGGUGAAAAAAGACGUUUUCCAGUUCAAUUACAUGGAUUCGUUCGCGGAUGACACAUUUACCCCUCAAAGCCAAUACUACAAUGACUUCCAACUCUCUCCGUUACAAGAUAUGUUUAUGUUCAUGCCAAAGUCGUUUCAAAUGUAAUAAUAUCAACUAGAAGCACAUGUGUGUACAUGAAUUGGGGACUUUACCGUUAUGUACAAGCAUUGAAGUAUGGGGGACAAAGUUGAGAAGGCCGCAAGAGUUGAAUGGAUUUUAGGUGGCCCAAAAGCAAGUGGGCUUGUUGACUUUUAGCCGCCCAUUAACCAAAUGAAGAAAAGAAUGGCUGAUGAAAUUGACAUUUUUGAAUGCUCAGUCCUAGGUUCAUUGUAUAUAAUAUUAUCAAAUUAAAAAUAUUAAUAAUAUUACUAAAUAAUUUUAUUGAUAUAUAAAUCAGGUUAAUACAUCCAUUGGCCUCCUUUAGCAUUCUUUCAGUUUGAGAAUAUCUUUAUUUCAUUUAUCAUAGUUUGUAUUCUUUAAAGAACAUUAAUAAAAGAAUUAUUGUGAUUUUUAUCUAUUA